UCCCGCCCUUGCCUCAGUUUGCAGCAGCUUGACGGGAAAGCUGUUUUGUCAGCGUUGAGGGUUCCGCGAAAGAAUGUUGAAGAAGGGAAAGAAGCGGGCCGGCGAUCACGGCGAUCACGGCGAUGGCGACUCGGUUCAGCCGGCGAAGCUCGCCAAAACGGACGCCGAUGAUGGAAAUGGCGACAUUGUUGUCUGCGAGUUGUCAAAUAGGCGGAGGGUUACAGUUCGGUGCUGGCAGGGAAAGCCUGCUGUUGAUAUCAGGGAGUUCUACGAAAAGGAGGGGAAGGAGCUCCCGGGGAGGAAAGGUAUCUUACUUCCCCUGGAUCAGUGGGAGAUACUGCGAGACCAUAUUGCCGACAUUAGCAAGGCCUUGAUGGAGCAUGCUUAGCAUCAAAAUUGUGGUCGUUUUCGAAUCCAGGGUAUGUGAAUUUUGACUCGAUGGUUUGCUUGUAUACAGUAGAAUAUGAUCUAGGCUUCCUUUAGCCAACCGUUAUAGAAGAUGCUUGUAGUAUCAUUAGUGUUUCUUGCUUUUUGUAAAGGAAGCUGCAUGCACUUCUGCUGCAUGUUGAAACUUAACCUGUGGAUCUCUUCAUCCUUUAUUAAGUUGAAUUUAUUUAGGGGCUUGAAAUUAGGAUUUUGCUUUUCA